AUGAGGCGAGUUAGUGUUGAAGCAAAGAGGAUGAAAAAAUACAUAAAUGUAGGUACUUCUAUUAAUAGAACAACUAUAAUUCAAGUUGAAACUUUGAAAAUAGCUGCUACCUACAUUGAAACAAUACGAAAUUUUCCGGUGUUAAACUGUCAAAUGACAUGCUUUCAACAUAUCAGAUUUAUGGCACUCAACAUCAACUUCCUUUCUCAAAAAAACGGCAAUAGAAUGAGAGUAAAUCGGCUAAUGUCUUUAUCUGAAUUCAGUAGCUUGAUUGUGGCAUUUCAAUCAACAUCAAUUCAAACAAUAACUCGAUGA